AAGUUAUCCAUAAACAAUUAAAGACGGACGCAAAAAAUCAAAACCUUUCAACCAAGAUGGACGUGUAUUUAAAGUGUAGAAAUUGCUAAUCUAUUCGUUACCUAUUGAUUAUAAAUAAGCGUCAAAAUGUAUAAUGGCAUUGGUUUGGAAACGCCAAGAGGUUCAGGAACGAAUGGAUAUGUCCAAAGGAACUGGGCAUCAGUGCGUAAAACCAAAGAUACGGUGAAUUAUCGUACCGAAGAUGAUAUCGCUAAACUUGACUGUGCGUCAAAUAAACAGCCUAACCAAGAAAUACUUGAUCACGAAAGGAAGAGGAAAAUUGAAGUUAAAUGUGCGGAACUCGAGGACACAUUAGAAGAACAGGGGUUGCCCAAGGAGGAGAUAGCUGCGCGCGUCGCAGCGUUCAGAGCGAAACUAGCGGAAGCCGGGAGCGGAGAAAAAGAUGUUCCAAGAGAUGAAUUUGGAAGAGUAACCGUGCGCGAAACCCACGCAGUAGCGGAGGCUCAACAAGAAAAGAAUGCGCGACUCAGGGACGCGUUCGGUAUAUCACCGCGUUUCGUUGAGGGGACCAGUUUGGAUCCAGAGCGAAGGGCGAGGGACGAAGCGCAGAAGUACCCCCUUGUGAGAACACCGAGCCAUGAGAGGGAGGAUCGAGAUACGCACGUAGCUAAGAAGAAGAAGAAACGAAGUGCGACACCGGAAGCUAAAAAAUCUAAGAAGAAAAAAUCCAAGAAGAAUAAGAAAGAGAAACAAGAGUCCAGCAAGAAGAAGAAAAAGCGGUCGAAGUCACCAAAUACAGAGAGUUCCAGCAGUUCAGAGGCUGAUACUGAGUCCAGCUCAGAGGAUGAACGUCAAAAGAAAAAGAAGAAAAAGUCGAGUAGCAGACGUCGUGCCAGCGGCGCUCCAUCGAGCCGUGAAAGCUCGCCAGUUAAGCAAGUAAAAGAAAAACAAUUGGAACGUCCACACGAAUAUCAAGAGAAUAAUGCUCGUAAAAAGAAUCGUGACCGUGAAGAACGCCAUCAGAGACACGAGGAACAAACUCGGAAUACCCGACAAGUUGAUUCUAGUAGACGCAGAGAUGACAGAAGUCGGUCAGUGGAACGGAGAUCUUCACCAGAAUACAGAAGACGAGACGAACGUAGAUCACCAGUAUAUAAACAAAAGUCAUAUGUAGAAAAAGUCGAUAGGCGAAGAGAAUCUUCAAGAGAUGAGUCAGAUCGAGCAAGGUCCUCUAAACAGUCUAAACGUGAUCGUCAUCGGUCGCCUUCUGAGUCGGAUGUUGAAGAACCGCCUCAAAAAAAAACUGACAAAAGAGAUAAAAGAUUACCAAGACAAUCGAGCGAAUCACCGCCUCCAGAAAAAAGACGACGGAAGAGCCCAUCUCCUAAUAAUAAGAAAAGAGAAGGAAGUCAAUAUAACCGAAGAGAUAAAUCAAAAGAGGAACUUCAACAACAAAAAGAAAAUAAAAGGACAAGAAGGAGUGAAUCGCAAGAAUAUAAAAGCAGGAGAAAUGAUGAUUACCGAAAACACGAUGAAGAAUUUAACAAAAGAAACAAAACUGAUCAUGACAGACACUACAAGGAAAAUCGAAAUGAAACAUCAAAACGAAGAAGAAAUCGUAGUUCAUCAAGAGAGAGGCCAGACACUUUUAAAGAACAUAGAGAACGAUCUUCAGUGAGUAAAUACAAAAAGAGAGACUCUCGUCAAGAAUCGGAAUUGUAUUACAAGAAUACCAGACAUAACCGAUCUCCUUCCUCUGAUACGGAAGCGGAGACGCCUCAAAAGCAAAAAGAUACUAAAGUGUCUAACAGCAAAUCACGUCAUAAUAAAGAAAGAAAUGAAUCUCCAACGAAAGAAAAACGCAGACGGAGUCCUUCGGUUGAAUACACAAGAAACGAAACCCCCGAUCGAAGACCCGUUGACCGUAAAAGUGAUAAGAAGAAAUCCAGUUCUAAAACAGUUGAAAAUAAAACGAAAAAGAAGUCCCCAACGCCCGUAGAGAGAUGUCGUAGAACAACACAAAGUAGAUCAAAGUCUACUUCGAUAGAACGCAAGAAUUCAAAAAAAGAAAAACAAAAAAGUAGCACCCCAAUCAUAAAAUCCAAAGUAGUAUCAGAAAGACGUAUUUCACCCAGACCAGAACAAAAGGAUAGGAAUGAUAAGGACCGAAGUACCCGCAAGGAAUCUCAUAAAGGACACUCUAGAUCGCGUUCGAAAAAUCGGAGUCGAAGCACGUCCAGUCUUAGUUACUCGCCGGCGCGUCGCAGUCCCGAAAGGUAUCGUGACAUUAUCGAAAAACUACCCGAAAAAGAUAAAAGAAAAUACAUAAAGUCGCCGUCAGAUCUUCAACCGAAGAAAAAGAAAAUUAAGGAGGUAACUGAAACGUACAAACCGAAAGCUGUAUGUAUGAGGAGUUCAUCGAGUGAAAUGGAAGAUUCCGAAGAUGAUUUUUUAAGACUAGAUGAUCGAGCUCGUCAGGAGGAACUGGAUUUUAAAGAACUAAAUAGAUUAAAAGAAAAACUAGCUCAAAUGGCAAAAGCUUCAAUAGAGCGAAAACGAAAUGAAGAAUCUAACGGACCUUCGACGUCCCACUCUACUCGCGAAGAUAAGGUCGAAGAAGAUAAACCUAAAAACGAAAGUCCAGUCGUGGUCGAGAAAGUGGACAUUCCUAAAGUUAAUAAGAAAAGUCCAGAAAAAAGCGAGACUCCUAAAAAGGAUAGUCCGGUAAAUGUCGAAAGUUCCCCGGAAGUCAAGAAACGAGGUAGGAGUAAGUCUCGGCGAAGUUGGUCACGUUCGACACGACGAUCGCGAACACGAUCACGUUCAAGAGGCAAGUCGUCGCGGUCCCGGUCACGGUCUAGGUCUCGUUCGAGAACACCAUCCCGAUCAUCUCGCUCAAGAUCUCGGUCCUACUCGUCAUCAAGGCGUUCUCGUUCAAGUCGCUCCAGCUCCUACAGCAGCAGAAGUUCAUCGAGAUCAUCUCGCAGUUCAUCUCGGUCAACGCGCUCGUCAAGAACAAUGACGGGCGUGUACGCCGAUUACCGUAGAUCGAGCGGGACGCGCUCCCGAUCGCCCUCGAUACCUCGCCGCGCAGGAUCGCCGAGCUUCUUGGAUAGGAGGCGAAUUACGAGGAAGAAACAACUCCGCCCGCAAACGCCCAAUUCCAUAUCGUCGGCCAACACCCUCCACCCCCUCGAGCCGCAGUUACAACAGCAGCAAGUCCUCUCAGAGAAGCUGGUCACGAUCCCCUCGCCCUGAACGCGAAUAAUCUAAACAUUAAAACAAAUCAAUGAGGCAGCCCACGUUCACUAUAAAUUGAUUUUAUCGUAGGCGAUAUAAAACUUUAUUUUAUACAAACUUACAUAAUGUCGUUAUCCGCUAGUUAAAAUGAAAUUUAAUGACAGUUUUUCGUGAUAGCGAUUAAGAUAAAAAAGCAAUCAACUGUUUGAAUCUUUGUAAUUCGCCAGUUCUAUUUUGAGAGUCUCGAUUUAAAAAACUUAUCAAUUUACUUUAUUAGUUGUAGACUGCCUGUAUUGAUGAUACGAUUUAAAUUAAGUUUUGUCAUAAUUAUGAACUUCUAUUGUGAAAUAUAUUCUAUUAUUAGUCAAUAGCAUCCACUUUCAACGAAGUCUUGAUAUUUGUAAUGAAAGCGUUCGAAUGAAUUUCGACGUUUUACAAUUACUUCAUGUGACUUUAACCAGCGAACUAUUAAUUCCGUAAUAUUUAUUUAAACAGAAAGUAUUUUUAAGUAGGUAAAUUUCAUAUUAUCUCGUUUUCUCUAGUCAUUAUUUAAUCUAUAUUUAUUUAUUAACUUUAUUCUGUAAAUAAUAGCUUUUUAAAAGUAUUCGAUUUCGGUAAGGAACAUGAUUGUCGUAAAAGUAAGUUCUAGUCCUUGAUUUACUUUUGUUAAUAUUUAUUUUUUAUUUGUUAAUAAUUUAUUUUGAACGUUUGGAUAAAACAAUGAUGUACUCUAGUCUCCUAUUGAGGAUAUUUAUAUAAACAUUAGAAUAAUGUGCAAUAUAUUUAAUGAAAUUAUAUUUACACUAUUUAUUGAUUAUGGUUUCUAGUCAUUUAAUAAUUUAUUUUUCUGAAAAUAUACAAAAGUAUUGUCGUAAACUAAAUUUGAUUUUAUCGUAGCUAAAGAGAUUUCAUUUUUCAAUUUCUCAAAAAUUUUGUAUUUUUUGUCAAAUACUUUGUCUUAAAUAAAAUUGUCAUCUUAUUGGCUUUGUUACAGCCAUAUUUAAAAACAAGUUUGGUGUAAUAGUGUAACCAUAGGUUUAGGUUAUUUUAUUAUAAUGUACUUAAUUAAGAAACUUCAAGUUGAAAAAGCAAUAAAUGGAACGGGACGAUAUUAGGAUAAUACUCAUGAACAGUAAAUAAAUGUAAUUUAUUAAUAACAGAAAUUGUAAAAAAAAUAGAGCAAAGAUUUAUUUCUUAACGCUAAAGCAUACAUUGCAUACCAGUCGAUUUGAUCUCGACCAUUAUAAAAAGUUUAUUAUACAAACAGUACUACGUAUAUCAAAGUUUCAUAGGUUUUUGCUGUUGUCAAAUAAAAUACAUAAAUCGUAA